AUGGAUGUUUUUCAGGACACUGAGAUGGAAUCUGACAAUGACGAUGGCGAGUGGGGGAUGAUUGACCGUAUGAGGCUAUGGCGGCACGAUUCUUUAAUGCAGCAUUUGUAUGAAACUGCCGCCUUCUGGGGAGACAAGAUACUGUCAUGGACCAAUGACCCAAAUGACGCGUUUUGGCUAGCUCAGACUUACUUCAUGACUCAUCAGUACGCGCGUGCUGAGAGACUCUUAACUAGGCCCUUCUCUGCAAUGACACCAAAAAUGCCGAGCGCGUCGUUGAAUGGUCUUGAAAACGGGGUAGUAGAUGAUACUACGAUGGGUAGUCUGACCGCAGACACGAAAGGCAAAGGGAAGGAGGGGCACCCUGACACAAGCAUAAUGCCUCAAUUACCAAUGGGUGACGCUGGCAUGGUGCAAAUUCCUGAAGAGUUACAGGAUUCCGUAUCAAGACUUGUGGACAUGAGCGUAGCAUGCAGAUAUCUUGCUGCGCAGUGUCAAGUGCGGCAAGGGAAUUGGACAGACGCAACGGAGAUGCUCGGCGAAGCGAAUCCAUUCCGUCAUUCAGCAAGGAGUGGGCGCGCCGUGCCGAAUGUUGACGGUGGUAUCAAGGCAAGCGGGUCUUCCAUGUGCCAUUUGCGUGGCAUACUUAUGCUUAAGCUGAACCGUGGAGACCAAGCAAAGCUUUGCUUCAUGGAGGCAUUAACUUUAGAUGUCAAAUGUUACGAUGCAUUCGAUCAGCUAGUCAGUGGUGAAAUGAUGACCCCGGACGAAGAAUGGGAGUUUGUUCAGGGUCUCGCUUACAGGGAACAAACGCAAGACGAUGCCGAUUUUGUGCAACUCAUAUACACUUCUCAGUUGCGGAAGUAUAAACACGCAGAAGAGCAUGCCCUGACCCGGAGACGUCUUGUCGAAGAAUUUGGACUUUCUGAUAAUCCUGAUGUGUUAUUCAGUUUUGCUGAUGCACUCUAUGCUCAAUUCCGGUGGGCCGACUGUUAUGUCAUCACGACGAGGAUAUUGGGGCUGGCUUCUAUUCAUGAUUCUACCAUGCCAUUGCACAUUGCUUGCAUGUACCAUCUUAACCAUCUUCACUCAAAACUCUUUAUUCUAGCACAUGAACUUGUGGAACGGGAACCUGAGAAUCCCGUUAGCUGGUAUGCAGUUGGAGUCUGGUAUCUGGCGUCUGGGAAAUGGCCACAAGCCCGACAGUACUUCAGUAAAACAUCGUUAAUGGAUCCACGAUUUGGGCCUGCAUGGAUCGCGUUUGCCCACACGUUUGCAAUGGAAGGCGAGCAUGACCAUGCCGUCACUGCAUAUUCGACCUGCGCUCGCAUGUUUACAGGUUCCCAUUUACCUUUGCUAUUUGUGGGCAUGGAGCAAAUUAUGCUAUCCAAUCAUUUGUUAGCCGAUGAAGCAUUGAACGCUGCUUACGCCGCAUGUGAUGGAGACCCUCUUCUUAUCAAUGAAUUAGGAGUUAUGGCGUUCACGCACGGAGACUACCAGCGAGCAGCGGAUCUAUUUAAACGUUCGCUCGAACUUGCCCAAGUGACGCAAAGCUCCCAGAUGUCAUGGACGACAACAUACCUCAAUCUCGGAACUUGCUAUAGAAAGUUGAAGAAUUAUGAGAUGGCCAAGACAAACUAUCAACAUGUGUUGGAAAUUGAACCACAGCAUCCUCAGGGUCUUGGUUAUCUGGGCAUGGUGUAUCAUCAUCUUGGAGAGAUCGAUAAGGCGAUCGUUAAAUAUCACGAGGCAUUGAGCAUUGAUCCCAUAAACGGGCACUUAAUUGAGCUGCUGAACCUCGCUUUGGAGUCUGACCUUUGUUGUGGUUCGUUAGAGAAAGUUUACCCCGGUGGCGAGGAAGCUUUCCGGGCUAUGAUGGUCUCCCUGAAGACCAAGGUUCUAGAUGCUUCCAAAAAACCCAAAGUGGAUAAACCAGGUGCAGAUGUAGCAAUGAGCGUAGGUUGA